AUGGCUUUGCAUCGGCAUCAGUCAUCUUUAGAGAAGGUAUUGGACUUCUCGCAACCUUUCUCGCUAACUCCUCAACUACGUCAAGUGGCAACAACCCUUUUCAGAUACCUGAUCCAGCAUCACGGCUUGGAGCAGUCUAUACAGCCUGGUUACAAACCUGCAGCACUUAUCCAGGCCACAUUUGAGCAUGUCACUUCCAAAGAUGCAUUUCUCUUGUUCUUUUUCUCACACAUCUAUGAAAACCUAUGCUCAGGAGUAGCAAAUCCAAUUGACUCUGACAUUACGGUCGCCUUGUCCUUUUUCGAUGGUUUCUCCAGCUGGGAUCAGAAUCAAAAGCAGAACGCCAAUGGCGCCAUUGAAAGUUUUGCUGAGUACAUUGUUGAGAACUUCCUUCUUCCACUCAGAGCUUCCUCUGUGAAGACCCCGCAACCAACGCCAACGUCAUUGUCCUCGAUACAGGCAUCCACACCUACUGGAACGACACAACGUGUAUCUAUUCUACGACAAAAUUGUCUCGUGCGUGAUCAUCACCGGUGCGUGGUUUCUCGGAAGUUUGAUAAAAGCGAAGCCGGCAGGCGGUGGAAGCAGGACGGGGAAGAUUGCAAGGAUGAUGACGGAAAUCCAUUGAAAAACGAAUCAAGCGACCGAUUUCAAUAUCUGGAGGUUGCCCACAUUCUGCCACAUUGUCUAACUACGGUUUCUUCCCAGGACACUGACCUGAGCGACUCGAAGAAGAACGUUCUCCGGAUUUUAAAUAUGUUUGACUCUGGCGUUAUUCAUCUCAUUGAUGGCCCGAAGAUCGACAGCCCGUUGAAUGCUCUUACCUUGACACAUGAUCACCAUCGGGCGUUCGGUGAAUUCCAGAUAUAUUUCGAACCAACGAGCAAACCGUAUGAGUACAGAAUUGAUUCAAUGGAGCAAAGCCCCUUUCUACGUGAUCCGCUAUUCCCCGUUACUCGCACGCUCACCCUUAAUCCCAAUCGUACCAUUGAUCCACCAUCGGCUCGGUUCCUUGGUGUCCAUCGAGCCAUUGCAAAGAUCAUGAAACUCAGCGGCGCAGGCGAAUAUAUAGACAUGAUCCUCCGAGACUUGGAGGAGGUUGAUGAUGGGCAGAUCAAUAGCGCCAAAUCUGACCAGAGGGAAGAGAUCUGGAAAUACAGGUUCACCAUUUCGCUCGGUCCGACAUCUGCCAGACAAAUCCCGCGAGCGGUAGAUCAAAAUUACCACAUUUACGAGGUUCCCUUUCGACGACGGAAUACUUUCUUCACGAUGCACUGGGAUGAGUUGGCGGAGAAAAAGUCGCAAAGUCUAUAUGCUGCCUGGUUGAACUAUCUUCUCCAACAAUCCCCAGCCUUGCCUCUCGAGCUUGCCUCCAAGCUUCGUCGUGGUUUUCGAGCAACCAGAGCUUCAGAUUUCACAACUGGCGCAUUCAAUAUGUGCUGUACUGUCACCUUUGAAGACGGUUUCAAUGCUCUUGUUAGAUUUCCCAUCCUGGGCCGAAGCCGCUUCCGCUGUGAAAAAUCUAGCGACGAGACCUCAGUGAUGGCCUUUGUUGCUCGGUUCACAUCUAUCCCCGUCCCAACUGUCCUUGGCGUAGGUAAAUGGAGUGGCGGCCCUUAUAUCAUUACAACAGUUAUUGAGGGCACUUUGCUUUCGAAACGCCUACGAGAUCCCUCUGUGUUGGCGCCAAGCUUGAAUCCGGAUGCCUCCGAGUCGGAUCUGAAGAUUGCCUACUCUGGAAUGGCUCGCAUUGUGCUAGAGCUCUCCAAGCCGGUAUUUAAAUACAUUGGAGGGUUGAAAUACGACUCUGGGGAGUGGAGGGUUGCAAAGCGGCCUUUGACACUCAAAAUGAACGAGCUUAUACGAGUUGGAAAUUUCCCUCCCAACGAAUUUGUCGAUUACAACCACACCUUUGAAAGCGCCUCCAAGUAUUUCCAGCAAUUAGCAGAGCAACAGUUUCUGCACCUCAAAUACCAACGCAAUGAUGCCAUCACCGAUGAAGACAACUGCCGGAAGAAAUAUGUGGCACGCUGUCUUUUCCGGCAUAUAGCACAACGGUUCCCAGUACAGCGUGGCCGAUACCACCUCUACUGCGAUGAUUUGCGCCCAUCGAAUGUCCUGGUCACAGAGUCUGAUUUGAGGGUUACUGGUGUCAUUGACUGGGAGUAUACAUAUGUCGCCCCCGCUGAAUUUACAUACAGUGCUCCAUGGUGGCUCCUAUUUGAAAACCCCGAGGCUUGGGACCUGGAUAAUUUUAUGGAUCGAUACUGCCCUCGCCUCGAACUAUUUCUUAAGGAGCUCCGUGUCCAUGAAGACGAACAGAUUCGCCAAGGUAGUCUAAAGGAAUCACAGCGUCUUUCAGAAAGGAUGGCGCUCUCUAUCAAAGAUGGGCUCUUUUGGUUUUGUCUUGCAGCCAGGAAUAGCUUCAUGUUUGACGAGAUCUAUUGGACAUUUCUCGACGAACAAUACUUUGGGCCUCUGAGCUCGCUUGAUGAUCGGCUUUCCCAUUUAACACAAGAUGAGCGGGACCAGAUGGAGGGUUUUGUUCGGGCAAAAAUGCAGCAGAUAGAGGAAAGGAGGUUGGAUGAACAUCAAACAUUUGAUCAAGUUCUUGAGUUAUAG